AUGGGAAAUGUGACGUCUAGCGUGGCCGCAAAGUUCGCAUUUUUCCCGCCGGACCCGCCGACGUACGAGGUGUACGAGGAAGAUGGGCGUCUCGUUAUGAGUGGGUUGACGGCGGACAAGAACGUGGACGUUCAUUUGGUGGAGACGAAAGGUGGACAUAAAGUGGCGGCCACGUUCUGGAAACACCCGUCGGCGAGGUUCACCUUGCUCUACUCGCACGGCAACGCCGCCGAUUUGGGGCAGAUGCAGGAGCUCUUUAUUGAGCUCCGGGCACAUCUGCGUGUCAACAUUAUGAGCUAUGACUAUUCUGGAUAUGGAGCAUCAACGGGUAAGCCAUCUGAAUUGAACACGUACCACGACAUUGAGGCGGUAUAUAACUGUGUGAAGAGCAAAUACGGGAUCAGGCAAGAGGAUGUGAUUCUGUACGGACAAUCUGUUGGAAGUGGGCCCACAUUACAUCUGGCUUCUCGUUUCCCAAGGCUAAGAGCUGUAGUUCUUCAUAGCGCGAUACUUUCAGGCAUCAGAGUAUUGUAUAAUGUUAGAAUGACAUUCUGGUUUGACAUCUUCAAGAACAUUGACAAAAUAAGGAAUGUUUGCUGCCCAGUUUUAGUCAUACAUGGUACAAAUGAUGAGAUUGUGGACUUGUCUCACGGGAAGCGACUAUGGGAGCUUGCGAAGGAGAAAUACGAGCCGUUGUGGGUCAAAGGUGGCGGCCAUUGUAAUCUCGAGACAUUCCCCGAGUACAUCAAGCACUUGCGCAAGUUCGUGAACGCAAUGGAAAAGCAGUCAUUCUCCAAAAGACCCAAGCCCCGACCCACUCCUGCUCCCAAUAUUACACAAUUCAAACACAACAAAUGCUUAAAAUUCGGAAAAAUAUAA